GCACACGCGCCCUCUAAUAAACGUCAACAAACCUUUGCUGCUAGAGACAUUAUAACGGCGUUUUGAAAUACUUUGGGAACUAUUCUCUUUUUCUAAACCAAACAUGUCCGGAAAAACUAAAGAACUUUUGCAAAUGGACCUGUACGGGUUACUCGGCGUAGAAAGUACAGCGACAAGUAAAGAGCUUAAAAAAGCAUACAGACAGAAGGCCCUGACGUGCCAUCCGGACAAGAACCCAGACAACCCAAAAGCAGCUGAACUCUUCCACCAGUUGUCCCAGGCCCUUGAGGUUUUGACUGACGCUGCUGCCAGAGCUGCAUAUGAUAAAAUCUGUGCUGCAAAAAAACAAGCAGAAGAAAGAAACCGCAAACUUGAUGAUAAAAGGAAGAAGAUUAAGCUUGACUUAGAGGCCAGAGAGCAGAAAGCUGAAGCCCACAGACAAGAUGAAGUGCAGAUGACCAGGACACUUGAAGAAGAGAUUGCCCGUUUGAGAGAGGAGGGAUCCAGACAGCUGGAGGAGGAGCAGAGGCUUAUCAGAGAGCAGAUUCAGAAGGAAAGAGAAGCCCAGAAUCCACAGUCUGGGGCAGACAGAUAUUCCCAUGUCACCCCAAAACUGAAGCUCAAGUGGAAAUGUAAAAAAGAUGAUGAGACUAAAGGGGGUUACUCUCAUGACAUCCUUAUGAGACUUCUCCAAAAGUAUGGUGAUGUCUUGAAUCUUAUUGUGUCAACUAAGAAGAACGGUAGUGCUGUGGUUGAAUUUGCAACAGUGAGAGCAGCGGAGCUGGCAGUGAAGAAUGAGAGUGGUCUAAGUGGAAAUCCAUUGAAGGUUUCGUGGCUUGAAGGAGAACCAGUGACUGCUCCUCAGACAAACCAGUUUAUGUCAACACAGAGCUCCCUGACAAAAGAACGUGACUACGAAAGCAUUGUGAUGAUGAAAAUGAGACAAGCAGCAGAGCGACAGAAACUCAUAGAACAAAUGCAAAGAGAGGAUGAAGAGGAAGCGGCUACUUAAUAGUUUGUAAACUCCAUGUCUUUUAGGUUCUCAGGUAACUGUUAUGUAUUUUAUUGUAUGGACAUGUGAAAAUAAAUGUUUUGUAUUGUUAUAACUA